UUUUGCUUCUUGCUUUGAAAUAAGUGCUUGGUUUCCCCUUCUAUCUUUGCUGAAUUUGAGCUGGUAGGAGCGUGGUCAAGGCUGUUGGACGCGAGACAACGAGAAGCAUCGCAAACAUGUCUACAACCAGCGAAAAAGCCGAAUCAGGCUACACAGAGCACCACCACUCCCACCAUCACAAUAACGACGAUGACAACACCAACGACAACGCCUACAAUGAAGGCCCCCCACCCCCAUCAACAGGCCACCACAUGUCCAUCACGCGCUACCUCGCCACGCGCAUCCCAACGCUCAAACCACCCAUGGACCGCAUCGAGAACCCCUUCACCGUCCUCGCCAUGCUCUCCUUCAAGCAGUGGAUGUACUUCCUCGUCGCCUUUCUCGGCUGGACGUGGGAUGCGUUUGAUUUUUUUUCUGUCUCGUUGACGGUGCGGCAGUUGGCGGCGCAGUUUGAUAAGACGACUGCGCAGAUUACGUGGGGGAUUACGUUGGUGUUGAUGCUACGCUCCGUCGGCGCCAUCAUCUUCGGCCUGCUAAGCGACCGCUACGGCCGUAAAUGGCCCUUCAUCGCCAACCUAGUCCUCUUCAUCAUCCUCGAACUCGGCACCGGCUUCACCUACUCCUACGCCUCUUUCCUCGGCGUGCGCGCGCUGUACGGCAUCGCCAUGGGCGGGCUGUACGGCAAUGCUGCCGCCACCGCCCUCGAGGACUGUCCGCCGCGCGCAAAGGGGAUUAUCUCGGGUAUGCUGCAGCAAGGGUAUGCGUUUGGGUAUCUGCUUGCUACGGCUUUUGCGCGUGGAUUGGUGGAUACCACAUCUGCAGGUUGGAGGCCGCUGUAUUGGUUUGGGGCGGGAGUGCCAGUAUUGAUAAUCGCGUUUCGCCUCUGCCUAGGCGAAACCGACACCUUUCUCGAGCGCCAACGCGUCCGCGCUGCCAACGCCAACAUAGGCGCAACCUUCAUCGCCGAAGGCCGCGUAGCGCUCAAACGCCACUGGCUCCUCCUCAUCUACCUCGUCCUCCUGAUGGCCGGGUUCAACUUCAUGUCGCACGGCUCGCAGGAUCUGUACCCCACGCUCCUCGAGAAUGAGUACGAGUUUUCCCCCGACGCGGUGACUGUUACGCAGGUCGUGGCGAAUCUGGGCGCCAUGGCGGGCGGGACUACCGUGGGGUAUUUGUCGCAGAUGUUGGGGCGGAGGUUUAGUAUUGUUUACAUUUCUGUUGUUGGGGGUGCACUGCUGUACCCUUACUCCUUCGUGAGUACGGAGAAAGUCGCCGCAGCAGCGUUCUUCGAGCAGUUCUGCGUGCAAGGGGCCUGGGGCGUCAUCCCCAUCCACCUAAUGGAGCUCUCACCCCCGGGCUACCGCACCUUCGUCGUCGGCACAAGUUACCAACUAGGCAACCUCGUGUCCUCCGCAAGCUCGACAAUCGAAGCGACGAUUGGCGAGCGCUUCCCGCUGACCCCCAUCCACGAGAAAGACGGGACAAUCGUGCCUAGAUAUGCGUACGGGAAGGUCAUCUGCAUCUUCAUGGGCUGCGUCUAUGCGUACGUCAUCCUACUCACCAUCUUGGGGCCGGAGUGGAAGGGCCGGCCAUUGGACGUGGGACAUGACGAGGAUUUCAAAGAGGCGACGAUGGGAAGAGAGGGUGGUGCUGGUAGGAUGAGGCAUGUGGACGAUGCGGAGCGGGGGCAUAGUGGGUCGGAUGAAGAGAAGGGGGGGAAGGAGUGAUGGCAUGCUGUUAAGGAAAGGCGGCAGAUUGUUGUGGGAUGGAUGGGAGGAUCAAGAAUGUAAAGCAGCUCGGUGAUGAAUAUGCAGAUUGUCAGGUAUGUUAAUGAAUGUCACGUGAUUGCAUGAGAAAA